AUGAUAAUUCCUCGAAGUCGAACUCGUACCCUUCUCGCCGCUGCUGUAACCAUAGCAGCAAGGAGUGCCAUGGCAGCGUCGCCACCCGAUGAACUGGCCUCGCAAUUCCAAAAGGAGCAAGGAUUGCCCGGCCUGGUUGUGGCUUCAGUGGCGCAAUCUCCUACGAUGGGUCUUCAAAUGUGGACGGCUGCCUACGGGCAGGCUAACAUUGCCAAAAACGAACCAAUGACAACCGAUACAUCCCUCUGGAUGGCCUCCUUGACGAAGGCGGUGGUCGGGACUGCCAUGGCCAAAGCGAAGGAACAAGAGUACAUUGUGGACUACACCGACAAGGCAUCCACUCUGCUUAGCUGGCACAAUGCCUUUGAGAUUGGCGACGCUGAAAAAAUGCCCUGGCUGUCUGAUAUUACCCUGGAGCAUUUGGCAACGCACCGUUCUACAAUCAGGGACAACAUGGAAGUAUACUUGUGUGGUUAUUAUGUGGGAGAUAAGACUGGGAACUACAGUUUGCUGUUGGAUAUAGUUGGCAUGCCCAAUGCAUGUAUCGACAAUAGUCCGGUAGAAUUGGGAGCGUUUCUGGAGAGCUAUUUGUCUGUGGAUGGCGCAUAUUUCAAUGCGACAACAAACUUUCUGGAUGGAGUGAUUCCAGGACAGCAGGCCUCCUACAGCAAUUUCGGAGCUGCGCUAGCCGGAUAUCUCCUGGAACUGGCAACCAACGAGCCUCUCCCGGAUUAUACCCACACAGAAAUGUUUCAAGUUUUGGGUAUGAACUCCACGAGCUUUCGACAAUCCGAUUUGAACACAAUCGCUACACCUUAUACCAAGCUGGACGGUACUUUGGAAGAAUAUAUGGAAAUCCCCCUGUACGACGUCGCAACGUUCCCCGACGGAGGAUUGCGCAGCAGUGUCAAUGACAUGGCCAGAUUUCUUGGAACCAUUAUGAAUGGUGGAACGUUGGAUAUUUCUCCGGAGGAUGAUGCGGACGAAACUGCUACAGCCAGAAACGGAAGAGAAAGCACCGUCCUACUCCAACCAGAGUCUGUAAAAGAAAUGCUUCGUCCACGCUAUGAAAGCGACCGUGCCAUCUUUUGGUUUGUGACGGAACUCGAAGUAGGAGGGAAGAAUCGAAGUCUGAUUGGGCACAAUGGAGGAGAUCCUGGCGCUUUUACGUAUCUGUUCUUUGAUCCCGAUACUUCUACAGGAUACUUUAUUGCUGGGAAUGGAGAUGGUUCAACCUUGGACCCGUAUGCUUUGGCCGACCUUGCGGCAGCACUGUUUGCCUACGCGGAUGAACUGGCCAUGGAUGACGGCAACGAGACGCCCGCUGAGGUGGAUGGAGGAGCUGGUGUUGAGACUGAUCCUGACGACACCAAUAAUGAAAUUUCAACCGCAGAAGACGGAGGCGCUCCGGGCGCUGGAUCCUCCGACGUAGCGGAGGGACAGUAUCAAUACCGUAGGGGCAACGUGGGUAUUGGAAUUGCCGGUGUAUGUGUUGCCUCCUUGUUUUGGGGUAGCUGCUUUACCGUCUGCAAGGGCUACGAUUUGCCCAAAGAUGGGGUCCAUUUUGCCUUUCUCAUGUCGAUCGGGAUAAUGCUGAUGGGAAUUCUGUCGCUGCUGUUUUCGUCUGCAACCCAUGGUGAUUACCAAGUCGUCUUUGCUCCGCUGGGAGUCUUUGGAGGCUUUUUGUGGAGCUGUGGCAACUUUUUAACGGUACCAAUCAUUGAGUAUGUGGGUCUCGCUGUUGGAAUGGCCAUUUGGGCGGCCGUCAACAUGAUUGUCUGUUUUGUUGUGGGAGCCAUGGGAUUGCCCCACGGUAUCUUGCCCAAGGAACCACUCUCGCAUCCCAGUUGUGGUGUUAUUGGAGUCCUCUGUGCGCUGGGGGGUCUUUGUAUCUUUGCUAAUAUCAAGGCAGAAACCAAUACUUCUACUACAGCCACUGAUGAAGCGCCCAAUGACGAGGGGGCAGCUGCCGACACGGAAGAACAACCAGAACAAGCAGCGCUCAGUGAGCCCCUCUUGCCUGAAGAAAGCACGACAACAACAACAACAACAACAACUAGCAGCAGCAUAGCUGGCAAUCUACCACUGGGAGUGGCUAUGGCCAUGGCUGCAGGAGUGUUCUAUGGAUUCCAAAUGGUACCCUUGACGAUUUGGAACCACAAGGUCCAUCAAAAUGGCAAUAUUUUUGACGAUGGUCAACCCCUCCCCUCGGACACGCUCCUGGCCAUGCGAUUCUUCUUUUCCCAAUUUGCCGGAAUCUUUGUCACGUCCCUGUUGGGAUUCAGCUUCUACUCAAUCGUCAUGGGUCAACAACCCCAGUUGGUCCCACCAAACGCCACACUGCCAUCCAUUCUGUGUGGUGCUGUCUGGGCCGUGGGAUGUGCGGGAGCCAUGUUGGCUACGGCGGAAUUGGGGAAUGCGGUGGGAUUCCCGCUCGUUUUGAAUUGUAGUUUCCUCAUCAACUCGGCAUGGAGUAUCCUUGUAUACAAGGAAAUACAGGGCAAGCGCAACUUGCAGCUCUUUGGUGGAGCCUUUGCGCUCAACUUUCUCAGUUCUUUGUUCAUCUCCAUUUCCAAGGCAUGA